AUGCCCGCCAUUUCCCCAACUCGCAUUCUGAAGGCGUCGACGAAUCCAGGUAAUAACUUAAUCGAUAAAAUCCGAAGCAUUGCACAGGAAAAGACGAAUUGGGGUGAUACGCUCGCACUUCCCAAAUCUCAAUUCCCUGCUCGGCCUGGGCCUGAGCAGAUUGAGAAAUAUCGCCAACGAUGCGCCGAUGACCUGUACCGAUGGCAGCGUGCCAGUCGACCGAGAACUGUAAACAGCGAAGAUGGGACAGAGAAGAGCAAUGAAUUUGUGCUGCAUGAUGGACCGCCAUACGCCAAUGGUGCAGUCCAUGUGGGACACGCAUUGAACAAAGUCUUGAAGGACCUCAUGCUACGCACGGAGCUGGCGAGAGGGAAGAGAGUACACUACCGCCCAGGCUGGGAUUGCCAUGGACUGCCCAUCGAGCUCAAGGCGCUUCAGCAGCCGAAAGCUCCCUCGAAAGAGUCGAAGUCGUUGAAGGACAAGCCUGGGCAAGAAGCAAAAGCUGCGGCAUUGGCAUCGAGCCAGAUGACUGCAUCGGAGAUCCGGGCAGUGGCUAGGAAGCUGGCGAGCGAGACUGUCGAGACGCAGAAGAAGAGCUUUAGGGAAUGGGCUGUGAUGGGGGAGUGGGAUGCGCCGUACAGGACAAUGGAUAAGGAGUUCGAGAUGCGGCAGCUUGGUGUUUUCAGGGAGAUGGUUCGAAAAGGGCUUAUAUCAAGACACCAUCGACCCGUGCACUGGUCUCCUUCUUCGCGAACAGCUCUGGCCGAGGCGGAGCUCGAGUACGACGAUAACCACAAGUGCACGGCUGCUUUUGUGAAGAUGCCAUUUGUGCGCCUCCCAGAGGCGCUAAAGUCGAAUGCAUCCGUUGAUCCAAAGCAUAUCAGUGCGUUGAUCUGGACCACGACGCCAUGGACAUUGCCCGCAAACAAGGCCAUCGCCGUCAAAAACGACAUCGACUAUGCGGUCGUAGAAGUCAACGACACGACUGCUAGUACUUCGCCGGAGCAAAUGCUCGUGGCCAAAGAUCGCGUUGAGCACGUUCAAACAUACCUACCAGAAGGAUCGACAUGCCAGAUUGUAGUGGAUACAGUGUCUGGAUCUCAACUGGCUGACGGUCAUGCGGCUUGCUACAGCCUCUUCACGGCUUCGGAGUCUCCCAUCCUACAAGCAGACUUCGUCACAGCUACAUCAGGAACUGGGCUAGUUCACAUGGCUCCCGGCCAUGGAAUGGAAGACUACCAAGUCUGCCAACAGAACGGCGUUGGCCCAGCAUUCGCUCCUCUUGACGAUGAGGGCAGGUACACGAGCGAUGCAUUUCCAGCUGCAAAUGGAGCAAUCCAAUUCCAAGGCCUGGAUGCACAGACACAGGGUGUCAAAGCCGUGCUUGACGUCUUACAUGAACCUCACAAGUUCUUGCCUGAGGAUAUGCAGUCACACAAGGAUCUCCUCUUCGCCGCGCAUAAGUUUGUGCACAAGAAUCCAAUCGACUGGCGGACGAAGCAGCCCGUCAUCACACGUGCGACAGCUCAAUGGUUCGCCGACGUCUCUGCGAUCAAAGAAAGAGCGUUAGAGGCACUCGACAAUGUCAGUUUCAUCCCCGAAUCUGGCAAAGCGAGGCUGAGAAGCUUCGUGGCGGGAAGAAGCCAGUGGUGCAUCUCUCGACAGCGUGCCUGGGGUGUUCCAAUUCCAGCACUCUACCACAUUGAGACUGGCGAGGCUUGCAUUACGGACGAAAGCAUCGACCACAUCAUCUCUACCAUCGAGGUGAGAGGUAUUGAUGCAUGGUUCUCAGACCCGAUCGACGAUUCGCGUUGGUUACACCCGUCUCUCGAGCCUGGAGAGUGGAUCAGGGGCAAAGACACUAUGGACGUAUGGUUCGACUCUGGCACCUCAUGGACUUCGCUUGACAAGAGGGAUGCCGAUACUGAGUUGGGCGACGUUUAUGUUGAAGGUACCGAUCAGCAUCGAGGUUGGUUUCAAAGCAGUCUUCUCACGGCAGUUGCCACUCAAGAUAUUGCAAGCAAACCGCUUGCGCCUUUCCGAGUGUUGGCCACACAUGGCUUCACACUUGACGGCGAUGGCAAGAAGAUGAGCAAAAGCCUUGGUAAUGUCGUCUCUCCUGAAGACAUUAUAUCAGGUGCUAUGCUCCAGGCAGGACGGGGCAAGUCCCACGGCAAAGGGCAACAAAAGCCUACCCCGAGUAAGAAGCAGCAGGGCUCCAUGGGUCCAGACAUUCUCCGGUUAUGGGUCGCCUCAUCAGACUAUACGAGAGACGUUUCGAUAUCUCAGCCAGUGCUGCAAAGCGUGCAACAAGCAUUGCAGAAGUACCGGGUGACUUUCAAAUUCCUGCUCGGAGUACUCCACGACUACCCAACAGCUUCACCCCAGACAGAGCUGAUCCAGAGACAGGACUUCGCUGAUGAAGUUGUCUUGCAGCGAUUGGCACAAUGUAGCCGGACAGUCUUCGAAGCCUACCGCGACUACAGAUUCUACGCUGGCAUCAACGAGAUCAACAAGUUCAUCAACAAUGACCUCAGCGCGUUCUACUUCGAGAUCAUCAAAGACAGACUCUACGCUGGUUCUUUGGCAGAACGGAGACACACGCAGACGAUCCUGGUGUACAUUCUGCAGGAGCUCACGAACAUGCUCGGCGUACCGACACCUUACCUAGUGGAAGAAGUCUGGGAAUGGAUGCCGCUGCAGAUGAAGCAGACAACUUCGUCCAGCGGAGAAGUCGACUUGAGCCACCAUCCCUUACGCCAAGUGUGGAAAGCGCCUUUUGAUGAAUAUACAGUACGUGAGAGCGAGCGCAGAUACAAAGAUGAUAACGACGCCGAACUCGAAAUGGGCCUCGACGUAUUCAAUCCUCUGAACGCCGCCGUGAAGAGCGCGCAGGAGGAAGCCCGAGCAGCCAGACAACUAGGAAGCGGCCUUGCCUGCAAGAUCGAGAUAUACCUCCCCCAGCAUGCGCAAGUGAUUCUGAGCCCCUGUCACUGGCUUGACGAUGGACAAUUGCCGGGACUGUUGGUCGUCAGUCAGGCGGAGCUGAAGUUGGUGGAGGAUAUCGAGGAGGACGUUCUUCCCAAGUCGACCGAGUGGCGGUAUGAGCAGAGCUUCGAGUAUGAUUGGGGCGGGGAGGUUGUCACGGGGAAGGUGUUUGUGCUGCCGCCGGAGGGGGAGAAGUGUGUCAGGUGCUGGAAGUUUACGGCUGAGGAAGAGGGCUUGCCUUGUGGGCAGUGUCGGGAGGUUCUGGCUGAGACGAUGGCGUUGUAA